AUGGCCACCCCCAGUGUUCUCACCUUUGACGCUGAGGGUCGGGCUGUUGACUUUGAGGUCUGGAUAGAUGAUCUGCAGCUCUUCCUACAGUGCGAUAGGGCAGACGGUCUCUCCCUCUUUGACCUCACUUCUGGUGCCUCUCCUGCCCCUGCUGCUGAUGCUGACCCCACUGUUCGCUCACAGUGGGCCACGCGCGAUGCUGCUGCCCGCCUUGCUGUGCGCCACCACUUGCCGACCGCUGAGCGUGCGCACUUUAGCCAGUACAAGAGUGCUAAGACCUUGUACGACGCUGUAGUUGCACGCUACUCUUCCCCUGCCACUGCUGCACUUAGCCGCCUCAUCCUGCCGUACCUUUUCCCUGACCUCGCCGCUUUUCCCACUGUCGCUGACCUCAUUACGCACCUUCGCACUAGUGACACUCGCUACCGCGCUGCGCUUCCUGCUGAGUUCUGCGCCAAGAACCCCCCCCCCAUGUACAUCACCCUCUACUACAUAGUCACCCGGCUCCCUGACACCCUUCGCCCGGUUAGGGACCACUUCCUCUCUGUUUGCCCCACCACCCUCACCGUUGACCUCCUCGAGGAGCGCCUUCUAGCGGCAGAGAAGAGCAUAGUCGCUGUAGGAGCCUCUCGUGGUGACCCUCGUGCCCCUGUCUUUGAGGGGUGCUCCCCCUCCCCCCUCUUGCCCUCUGUUGCCUCUGCUGCUGCGGCCGACCUCGUUGGUCUUGAGUCGGUCGCUGCGGCGUCUGCCCCUAGCGGGAGACGCCGCCCUGGCAAGGGCAAGGGGGGCAAGGGUGCUGGAGGAGCUGGAGGGGGCGGUGGAGGCGGCGGUGGAGGUGGUGGAGGGGGUGGGGGUGGCGGUGGGGGUGGUGGCGGGGGUGGGGGCGUCGGUGGCGGGACUGGAGGUGGAGGUGGAGGCGGCGGUGGCGGUGGGAGCGGAGGUGGCGGAGGUGGCGGUACUGGAGGUGGUGGCGGCGGUGGCGGUGGAGCUGGUCGGGGUGGCGCUGCGCAGAGGGUUGGCUCCGGUGGUGGUGCGCGCCAGCAGCAGCAGCAGCAGCGUACCCGUGAGACCCCUUCCCCCCAGCAGCUUCGUGAGUGGUACGCUGCUCGUCAGCGGGGCGGGGGUGCUGGCCCCUGCACCUACGUUCUCCGUACCGGCGACCGGGCGGGUGAGCAGUGUGGGGGCGCGCACCCCACCCAGCGCUGCUUCGGCCGUCUGACGGACGCGUGGCGCCACCAGUUCCCCGACGCUACUGAGAUCCCUCGCUGGGGCGAGCUGUCUAGGGCGGGUGUUGCGAUCUAUGAUCUUGAUUAUGAUGCUAUUCUUGCUGCCAUGUAUGCUGUGACUAUUAGUGAUGAGGGUGACUGUUACCGGUGUUUUCUACCUGACCCAGGCAUAGCGGUUGCUGCGCCAGGUACUUGUGAGGCUGCUGCUCUAGGUGCCAGUGCGUCUGCCGCCCCAGGUGCCGGUGAGUUUGCGCUCUCAGGUGCUGCGUCGUCACCGGACACCCACACCUUCACCCUUGACUCGGGUGCUUCCCGCUCCUUCUUUCGAGACUGCACCACUCUCACGCCGCUCAGUCGGCCUGUUGCGGUCUCCCUGGCGGACCCCUCUGGGGGUCCUGUCCUUGCUCACUACUCCACUGUCCUACCGUGUCCGGCGGUCCCGUCUGGCUCCCUGUCGGGUCUCUACCUCCCCUCGUUCUCUACGAACUUGGUGGCGGGUGCUGACCUCCAGGAUGCAGGAGUUGACCAGUUCACCCCUGCGCGUCAGCGGGUGACCCACUGCACUUGUGCGGACACGGGCCGCCACUUGGCCACGUUUGCUCGUCGGCCAGGGUCGAGCCUGUACACACUGACUACUGAGUCUCCUCCAGUCACUGAGUCUGCUCAGGUAGCAGCGUCGGGUCAGGUGUUUGCUGCGGCGUCCAGGUCUGGUCCUGAGUCUGCCCCCUGCUCGUGUCGUCUCCUGUCCCACCGGACUCUCCUCUGGCACCACCGCCUUGGUCACCCCUCCCUGCCUCGUCUUCGAGGCAUGGCUUCCCGUCUUCUUGUCUCCGGCCUCCCCCGGUCCCUCCCUCCCCUUCCUCCGGGGCCUGCCCCCACCUGCGUUCCCUGCGUUGAGGGGCGGCAGCGUGUUGCCCCUCACUCCUCCGAGUUUCCUCCGACAGAGGCUCCGCUGCAGACGCUUCACAUGGACGUGUGGGGCCCAGCCCGCGUUCGUGGACAGGGUCACGAGCGUUACUUCCUGCUGGUGGUUGACGACUACUCGCGUUACACCGCAGUCUUCCCCUUGCGCAGCAAGGGUGACGUCACUGAGGUGUUGAUCGCCUGGAUCCGCGCAGCUCGUCUCCAGCUCCAGGAGAGUUUCGGCUCGGACUUUCCUGUUCGGCGUCUGCACUCCGACCGAGGCGGAGAGUUCUCCUCUGACCUUCUGCGGGCCUUCUGUCGCGCACGAGGCAUCCGCCAGACCUUCACGCUUCCGGACUCUCCGCAGCAGAAUGGGAUUGCUGAGCGCCGCAUCGGCAUGAUCAUGGACGUCGCUCGUACGUCCAUGAUCCAUGCGCUGCCCUGCGCGUCGCGCCCUGCUGCAGCACGAACGUCGCGCCCUGCUGCCCUACACAGCGCGCGCCCUGCUACCCGCGCAGCCCAGGCCGAGCCGAGCCGCCCUACCCGACCCGAUCCGCCCUCCUGCUCGUGCUACUACUGCUGCUGGUGGAGGUGCUGCUAG